AAAGGAGGAUCCAUCUCUUUUAAAAGCAGGGUCCCCCUCGAUCAAAAACUUCAAGUUGUUUGUUUUGUUUUAUGCUACCAUAUAAUAUAUAGGUAGAGGGUUGUUCUGCUGAUCUGAUUUUAUAAGAUAUAGUACUCGUUUCUUUUAACUAUAUCAAAUAUUCAUAAUUGAUUCAAGUCCUCUCUUUCACCUUUAACACUCAACUAUUAUCAUUUUCCUGUAAUUUUUUUGUGUAAUCUAAUUCCCAGGCUACUGAUCCGUUUGUUUUUAAGAAGAUCAUUGCCUAUUCUGCUUCCCAUAUACAGUUUUUCUCUGUUUCGUUCUUAUACAUACACCUUUAUGGACGCUGUUUUGACAUCUCAUGCAACGGAACAAUCAAUUGUUCCCAAGAAGCAAAUCAGAAUCAAAACCCCGAAGAAAAAAGAACAAGGUAAUUUCAUUUCUAAUCCCUCUGAGAAUUUUGACAUAUAUGCAGGUCUCUUGAAUCCUCCCCCUCCUCCUCCUCCUUCUUCACGUGCUAUGUCUUUUUCCAACUCCUACCCAUUCUCAUCAGCUUCUUCAAUCGUCAAUCAUCAAUAUGGACAAAACCAUCAACCACCUCUGCUUCCUCUGCCACGUGUUUCCGCUAUCCAUCACCAGCCUCUUCUUUCACGAAGCCUUAGCAGCAGCCAAGGCCUCUCUCUCCCACCACCGGAUCGGAAAAACAGAACCAAAGACAUGUCUCUAACACCCAAGAAAUCAAAACCAACGAAGAAGCGAGAGGAAGUGAAGAAGAGAUCAGGAACCCAAUCCAUAUCGGAGUUUCUGAUUGUCGCUUCGGAUAAUAGCUGGGGACCCGACCCGAAAUACCUUCCCAAGCAUCUUCCCGUUGUUUUAACGUCAAAGGAAUAUUCAGGGAAGGGUCUUAGCACGGUUUCCGUCGGAAACAUGGACAUGUUUUCUGGGUCCGUUACGUCUCCACCACCGAGCAGCUUGCCUCUGCCAAGGUUUUCUCUGAGAUCAAAACUCAGUUGCAACGCAGAAGCCGCUGGUAACGUUGAUGCCAGAGCAACCAACAAUCUCCGGCGACUUCUACGGCUCCGAUGAAGUUGUUCUCUUUUCGUGAUCGUAAAUAGCAUGAAUGAAUACAUAUAUGCUUUGUUGUGCCACGUCACUUACUAUUAUAUUAUAAUAUUAGUUUAUAUAAUUAUAUGUAAAUAAAAAGAUCGGCGAGGGUAAAUUGCUGAUUGGGGUGUGACCGAUGAAAUAUCCUUUGUUUUUGUUUUCCCAGAAAGGGAGGGGAUAAUACUGGGUAAUGAAAUGCUUUAUUAGCUAGAUUUGUGUACCACCUAUAUUUUUUUUGAAUUGGGGUGCACUGAUGUUAUGGGUAGUUCUUUAGAUAUGUAUUAUGCACCAUCAGUUAGGGUAUAUGGGGUUCCAUAAGCUAUUUGUAUUUUCUCCUAAUAUAAUAAUGAUUUGA